AUGCCAGCUAGUAAGACCUCCACCACCGAUUCUGCCACCGACAAGCAGAAACUAAGCCACACGGAACAACAUUAUUUCGAUUCCUACGAUCAUUAUGGUAUCCACGAGGAAAUGUUACAAGAUUCCGUGCGUACCUUAUCCUAUAGAAACGCCAUCAUUCAAAACAAAGACCUAUUCAAGGAUAAGGUCGUUUUAGAUGUUGGUUGUGGUACAGGGAUCUUGUCCAUGUUUGCUGCCAAGCACGGUGCCAAGCAUGUCAUCGGUGUUGAUAUGUCCAGCAUCAUUGAAAUGGCCCGUGAAUUAGUUGAAUUAAACGGGUUUUCAGACAAGAUUACUUUAUUACGUGGUAAAUUGGAAGAUGUCGUGCUACCCUACGAUAAAGUUGAUAUUAUUAUCUCGGAAUGGAUGGGUUAUUUCUUACUUUACGAGUCCAUGUUAGAUACUGUUCUUUAUGCUCGUGAUCGUUAUCUUGUGGAAGACGGGUUGAUUUUCCCAGAUAAAUGUUCAAUCCAUAUUGCUGGGUUAGAAGAUUCCGAGUUCAAGCAAGAAAAGAUGAAUUAUUGGCAUGAUGUGUAUGGAUUUGAUUAUUCUCCAUUCAUCCCAUUAAUCAUGAAAGAACCUAUUGUAGACACAGUGGAUAACAAUCUAGUGAACACUACAAGAUGUAAAUUAAUCGAAUUCGAUUUGAAUACUGUGAAAUUGGAAGAUCUUUCUUUUAAGGCUGAUUUUAAAGUGGAAGCUAAGAGACAAGAUUGGAUCAAUGGUGUCAUUUGUUGGUUUGACACUGUAUUCCCUGCUCCAAAAGGGGAAACUCCAAUUACUUUCUCCACAGGUGCUCAUGCGCCAUAUACUCAUUGGAAGCAAACCGUGUUUUACUUAGCUGAUGAUUUGGAAUGUGAAGCAGGUGAUAUUCUAAAGGGUACAGUGACGUGUUCUCCAAACAACCGUAACAAUAGAGACUUGGAUGUCAAGAUUGACUACGAUUUCAUUGCCAAGGGUGUUGCUGGCGCCGAAAGAUCGAAGAAGAAUGAAAAUACAUAUUUAAUGCAUUAG